AGAGGAACUUCUGGAUUUGUAUCACUACAUCUUUCAAGAAUGGACAAAUACUUCUCACUCAUCUUCACUAUGAUUUUAAUGGGUAUGUCAGGCUGGUGUAUGGCAAAAGAUAUCAUGGUGUAUUCAGGACAGCUAGGAGAAACACUUAAUAUUGUUUGUCCAUAUCAGCAACGCGUAGAUCGUUGGAAGAAGAAGGUAUGGUGUAAGGAAGAUGAUGUCGGUUUUUGUCAGCUUGUUGUUAGUGUUCAACCCUACUGGAUGAAGUUCACCAAAAGAAUAAAUGGGAACACUGAUAUUUCUGACAAUCAUCAUGAGGGUUUUAUCACAAUCAAUAUGACAAAUCUACAAAAAUCCGAUGCUGGUGUUUACCAGUGUAGAACGGUUACAUUUGGAGAUGUUAGCACUCUACAAUGGAUCCAAAUACAAGUGCAUGAAAACCAUAUGGAUGGAAAUGUUUCGGCACAGUACAGCAUAUCUGGGUCACCAAGUGAAACACAAAUUCCUGUAAUGCUGGUUGUUACUGGAAGCUUCCUCAUCUCAUUCAAGUUACUUCUUCUGGGACUCCUCUACAUUUGGUGGAAAAGACAUAAAGCCUCCUACUCAACCAGUGUGGACCUAGAACAGUUUUCUACUCCUUUAUCUGCUGGAUAUUCCGAUGCUGAACAUUCCCUUCCCAAUACCAGAGAGGAUACAAAUUAUUGUCCACUGUAUAUUAAUUAUGUUUAUAUGGGGCACCUAAACCAAGGACAUUGACAGCAAUAAAUAAUCCUUACUAAAUUCACUAACUUCUCAUAAAUCAUCCACUUCCCAA